AUGGGCUGCUGCUUCUCCCGCUCCUCCGGGCCCAACUCACCCUACCCGGGAGGUGACUUGACAACGUCCGCCGGUGCAGCCAACCCGCCGCCUCUCACUCUUCCCGAAAGCGCACAAAGCGCCGCUCGACGAGGGCAUGCAGGCGCCAACGCGGCGAGUAACCAUCGAUCCGCCGGAAACCAAACGCUCGCCGACAGCUCCCGACGGCAUAGCCAACAGCAGCGGCCGCUUGACCAGCACAUCAACAAGCCCCUGAAGCCCUUUUCAUGGGCUUCGAAAGACCGUCUCUGGACACGCCAGGAGCUGGCGCAAGAGCGCCGGGACUUCUUCGAUACACGUGUGACAGGCAGAGCAGAGAUCUGGCAGACCAUACAUGCUGCUCUUCAGGCCAUGUGGGAAGACCCAAAUGGGGCUGAUGGCGUGGCGCUGGCACAGACGAUCCUUUCGGCCGCAGAAAUCUCGUUACCCACCGGGAAUCUUGCCAACGGUGUGUACGAUUCCUUAGGCAAUUACUACCCUCUGCCACAAUACAUUGUGUGCGAUCCCAACAAUGUCUCGGAGGACAGCGAUGUCAAGGGCGAGCUUCCAACCGGUGUGGACGACGACGCACAAGCCGAGGACGUCUCGGAAGAUAUGGAGAAAGACAAACAUGUCGUGGACGUAACCCCUCAGGUCACUCUUCGUGCGAGGUUGAGCGAGAACGCCAGAGACUAUCAGAUCAUGAUUAGCCCAUCCGAGACUUCCCGGAGCGUUGCAAGGAAAAUCGCGAACAAGGCAUCCUUGAGCGCAGACAAAAGAAUCCGAGUGGCAUACAUGGGCAAGAUUUUGAAGGGGGGCGCUUCCCUCGCGUCCCAGGGAUGGCAGGAGGGGCACAUUGUCAAUGCUCUUGUCUUUGAUCACAAGGCAUGA